AUGCCUGAAUCACCGUUACAACGUAGAUUAUCCACAAAUACAUCACCUGCUACUAGUCACGUUAGUUCGGAUAUGUCUCCAAAUACUCAAUUAGAACAAGAAAAACGUGUACGCCGUGAAAUCGCUAAUUCCAAUGAACGCCGUCGUAUGCAAUCGAUCAAUACUGGUUUUCAAAGUCUGAAAAUUCUCAUUCCUCAUUCUUGUGGUGAAAAACUUAGUAAAGCAUGUAUCCUUCAACGAGCUGCUGACCAUAUAAAGAGUCUUGAAAAUGAAAAACUUAAGCUUCAAUCUCAGAAUGAACAAUUUCGCAUCUUGAUAAAAAGUUUUCAAAUCGAUUCUUCAAGUGUUUUACAAGCCCAACGACAUUUAUCAACAAACGGUAAACAAAAACAAACCACUGUCGUUGACAAUUCUGAUGAAACUGUACCGUUGCUGGGAAGUAAUGAAGACAGCAAACCCAUUGUCAAUAAUGUUUUCGAUGACGUCAAGAACCGUCAAACAUAUUGGCACGCACAAUAUGUUCAAGCACCCAACGAUGAUCAAUCGCCAUCCCCAAUUGAUAAAUUCUAUCGAACUGUCAAACAAUCGACUCCAACCACAACUUCAGAUACGACAUAUAUGAUUGUGAAACAAAGUCAACCUAGUCAACGUUGCUAUAAAACUAAUUCUGUUGAUCAAAAUCAUGAUAAUGAAAUUGUUAUUGUUGAACGUUGUCAACUCAGGGCGCAAAGUCUUGAUACCAAUAAUACCGUUUCGCGACGGAAUCUACAAACCAUCGUCGAAGCUAUACGACAUUUAGAAGGUGACGAUGUACUAGCGAAUAUCAAUCAAAUUCAACAAACAUCAUCGUCAGACGGACAUCAGCAAGAAGAUCUACCUGCACAACUCAAAGCAAUGAUUCAUGAAAAAUUUCAACCAGCUAAUGUUAAAACUCCACCGUCACCGUCUGGAACAAAUACAAUUUAUCAACAAACGAUAAAUAUCUAUGAAAAACAACAGCUGACGACAGGAGCAACGCACGAAAUUGAUCUACAUCAGAAGCCACCAAAGAAACGAAAAAUUACUUAUAACGAAAGUGACGACACAAUUAUCCAAAGAUCAGAUUUACCACAUAUAUCAAGUCCAGAAGUUCAUCAUCAUGAGCAAAUAUCUAGUGAACCAUCACCACCAUCAGCAGUAGCCCAAUUCUUGCAAGAACAUUUGCUACAGCGUAGCCUACGUUAUCCACCACCUUAA